AUGAGCAAGACCGCUCCGACUUCACCGAAAACGUUAUCGCCACGACCUACCUCGAGACGCAUUCGGACAAUCAGUUGGGCGGACCAGAUCCCAAAGCAAGCCGCAAAGUCACCGCUUCCAUCAUCUGAUCUCGACGUCGGAGAGGCACAAACGAAGCACGGCUCCGAAAUCGCACCACUGUUUGCGCAAGAAGACUUCGAUAGCUCCCCAAGUAGCUCGACGCUCUCCCUCAACUCGCCUUUCUCUUCUAGCCCACACCUCCCCGCACAACCUCCCACACACCAACCCAACCCCAAUAACACUAUGCCAACUAGUCUACGCGACCUCUCACCAUUCAAGGGAAAACCCCUCUGGGAGCCCGACGACGAUGAAUGGCCUGAGCUAGACGCUACCCACGUCUCCUCCACUUUCAAAGCGACCUUCAAAGACCCUGGCCAAUGCAAUCCGCAAAAGCCGACGAACAUCAGCACUCUAUCCCGCCUCAGCGCCACGCUGACUUCCUUCAUCCCCUCCUCCCCCACAAAGCGCGCUUCCGAUGCCCUCCUCCGCGAAGAAGAAGACCUCCGAGACAAACUGGAAGAACUGCAAAACACAUACUACUCCAACCCAGCCGGCGACAUCUGCGACAAAGUCAUGACAUCUGUCUUCCUGCCUGGCUCCCAGUACUUCCAUUACGACCAGAGUAGAGAUUCCGUCCGCGCUCCCCAUGUCAUCGACCUAGAAGCGUAUUUCAACACUCAAGACCCGCUGGUCGGAGCGGCGUACCCGCGCCUCAGCGACGCCAUCGCCACAAUCCUUAGUCACACGAACAGGGGGUGUGUAGAAGCCUUCCUCGAUCCGCGAGUGGAGGAGUUCGUGUAUAGACGGGAAGUGGAGAGGAAUAAAGCAGGCAGUAUCUUUGUGAUUAGGAGGAACGGGAAUGCCGUCAUCGCAGGCUCCUACCGCAACCUAGGCUUCUCCCUCUCCUGGACCCUCUACGUCAAAGCCGCGAUCGGCGCAACAGGCCUAUGGUACGACACGUUUGCUUCACCCGUAGCAGGCUCGACACCGAUCGUCGAUGGCGUACCGGCUUGGGAUACUUUUGUACCUAUUGGCACUGAAGACCCAUCUCUCUCCCUCCAACUAUCACCCGAAACCACACAACCCAUUACGUCACCCCGCAAGAUUGUCCUAUCUAGUCCUCGUCCGCAGAAGAAAGAUGUGGUAGAGGAAGAAGACGAGAUCAGUCCUACGAAUGAAAAGUUCGUGCUGUAUCAGAGUAGGACGCUUGCGCGGUAUUUAUUGAGGGAUAUUUGGGUUAGGCUUGAGGGGCGGUAUGAGUGUAAGGCUACGUGGGAGGUUGAUGGGGUGGGGAGGGAGGUUAGGCUGAGGAGGGCGUUGGUGGGGUUUGGAGAUGAGGAUGAUGAUGAGUAG